AUGGUUCCGUCUUCGCAAUCCCUCGAGGCUCGCUGUUUGGAUUCAAUUGACAGUCGCCAUUGUCGAUUCCGGUUAGCCCCCGGGGCCAGGAGCGCGGGCCCAGGCGCUGUGAUGGAUGAUUGGAAGCGCGGGGCGUGCCCUCCGCUGCGAUUUGCGCUGCAGGAAAGCAGCCGGAAAUUCUUAAAAGCGCUGCAGCAGCUGAUU